AGCCGACCUGGCCCAGGCCCGGCCGGCGACCGCCCCCCCGCAGUGGCCCGUGGGCCGCGCGCCGGCGGCGCGGUGGCGUCGGGGCCGGCAUGGCCGCGCGAGCCUCGUCGGCGGCGCUGCGGGACAUAGACCCGGCGCGGAUUGCGAGGCUGAAGACGUUCUUCGCCCGCGCUUCCGUGGCCACAAGGCUGCUGCAGUCGAGGCUGGCGCUGCCCAUCGCCUACCCGUUCAACUCCGCCAUGCUGCGGGAGGGCAGCGGUAACGUGGGCGCGCUGAACCCGAAGGACUGGAAGGACUCCGAGAUCCAGCGGGGGCUGGCGCACGUGACGCCGAUCGUCACGGGCAUGGCGAAGGUCGCGCCGCUGCUGAAGGCGGCGCAGGCGCUCGCACACGUCCGGGGCGGGGGCACGCGGCACGUUGCGCAGGACCCUGCCGAGGCCAGCGAGGAGACGGAUAUCCGCAUCGACCACAUGCGCCCCCAGCGCCUCUUCGGGUCGGGCUACGGCCGCGGGCCCGGCACGAAGAACACCAAGACGGGCAAGGGCUACGGGUGGGACGAUGUGUGCAGCGGCACCAACGUGGACUCGCCGAUGAACCGCAUGACGGUGGACCCAUGGGAUGACACGCCAGAGCUGCACAGGCUGAAGGGCAGAAAGUUCGUGUCGAAGACCAAGUGGGACAAGAACAAGAGUGGAUCGCAAUGAUGGCCGCCUGCAUUCGUCGGAGCGUGGCGGUGGCGGAGGCUCGAAAAGCAUCAGCCAUCUUGCGACCACGAGGCAGCAAUGGGGUAGCUAUGCGCAGGGAUGCCGAUCAGACCUCCCAGGAGGCCGGAGGUGCCGAGCGGAAGCAUUGAUGGUACAUGGUUUUCG